AUGUACUUGCCAAAUGCACUUAGCAGAUUCUAUCCCAAUAAGACUCUAAUGAACUUAGAUGUAAUAAAACGGGCAGACCCAACUGAUGAUUAUGAACUGUUACAACGUGUUGGCUCUGGUACCUACGGAGAGGUUUAUAAGGCUAGACAUAUCAGGACAGGCGAAUUGUCGGCAGUAAAAGUAGUAAAAUUAGAAGCUGGUGACAAUUUUGCCGUAAUUCAGCAGGAGAUUCUUUUGAUUAGAGACUGUGUACAUCCAAAUAUAAUCGCAUAUCAUGGUAGCUAUUUGCGACGUGAUAGGCUUUGGAUCGUUAUGGAGUACUGCAGUGGCGGCUCUCUUCAAGACAUUUAUCAUAUGACUGGACCGUUGUCAGAACUUCAAAUAGCUUUUGUGUGCAGAGAAACUCUUAAAGGCCUUCAGUAUUUACAUUCUAAAGGGAUGGUUCAUCGAGAUAUCAAGGGAGCAAACAUACUUCUGACGCAUUCUGGCGAUGUAAAACUCGGAACUCCGAUGGCACCGGAAGUUGCAUGUGUGGAAAGAAGAGGUGGUUACGGGGUGCAAUGCGAUGUGUGGGCUGUUGGGAUUACAGCAAUUGAACUAGCAGAGCUUCAGCCUCCUCUUUUUGACCUUCAUCCUAUGCACGUCCUUUAUUUGAUGACAAAAUCGUCAUAUAAACCGCCAACAUUAAAAGAUAAAGUUAAAUGGUCCCCAUUCUUUCAUGAUUUCGUGAAGCAGUGCUUAACAAAAAACCCGAAAAAGAGACCAACUCCAGAAAAACUGUUAGCGACACAUCAUUUUGUACUGGGGGCAUUGUCGUCUCGAAUGACACGAGAUCUAUUGGAUAAAGUGAAUAAUCCUGGGGGGUCUUCUUCAUUUCUGUCACAACACUUUCUUUCGCAGAAUGACAUCGAGGAUGACGAAGAUCUAUCGGCUUCUCAUGCGCUUUCUCGCAUUGAGUCUCGGAAGGCUGCGGAUCUGUCUGUAAAAAAUGAAGCAAUUCGAAUUUGUGAUGACGUUAACAAGUUGAUGGGAGGAUUGUGGAGUGACAGUUCAACUAAUGUUUCUUCAUCAGCGAAAUUGCGGCAGCGGUACCACGAGGAUAGGACAUUGCCUGCUAAGGAGCAUCCACCGCUUCCGGAUGUUGUUCAGGCUAUGUCACUUCUAGAUGAUAACGACGGAGUAAUAAAUGAAGAUGAUUUGAAGGAUACUACGUUAAAAGCAAUGGAACAAAAUGGUGCUGAAGGAUCUUCCUUUAAUUUGCCUCAAAGGCCACCAAGAACGAAACGAACGACAAAAAGAUCGUCAUCUUUAGAAUCACACAGUUCUGCGCCCUCCUUUGCCGGUAAAGUUAAUUGUCGACCUGAAUGCGCAAAUUCUGCUCUUCCGAGACCUGCAACUUGUUUUGGAUUGCCACCCACACCGAAGGUUCCAAUGGGGGCUUGUUUUUCUGUGAUAUUCCAUGACUGCCCUUUACAUGUUAAUAGUACAGCCUCAUGGGCAAAUCCUAGUACUUCUCGACAUUUUCUUAUGGUUGGAGCUGAAGAAGGGAUAUUUUCUCUCGAUAUGGAUGAGUUACAUGAUGCAACUAUGGUUCUCAUUCACAAAAGGAGAUGCUCAUGGUUACAUGUUCAAAAAAAUGUGUUAAUGGCUGUUCAGGGUCGGACACCAUAUUUGUAUCGUCAUGACCUCAUUGCUUUGACGCAGCGUAAUCUCACCCAAAAGAUCUCUAAACCCAUGAAUAAGCUGCCAGAAAAAUAUGUGCCUAAGAGGCUAGCGAUAACUGUUCGAAUCCCGGAAACAAAGGAUACUAUUCAAUGCAGUGUAGCGAGAAGUGGCAUCAAUGGAAAUGUUUAUAUGUGUUGUGCUACGCCGUCCGCUGUUAUUCUUUUCCAGUGGUAUGAUCCUUUGGCAAAAUUCUUAAUUCUGAAAACUGUCGAGAUUAGGAUACAGCAAUUUCCAAUUAUGCCCUUUCAAAUAGUUUAUUCAGCAGGGAGUGAUGCCGAUUUUCCAAAGGUUUGCUUGAGCGUUUAUAAGGGCUCUGCGAAAAAAUACCACUUGCAGAUGAUCAGCUUUAAUGAUGAGUUGGUUCACUGUGACUUAAAUGAUGAAGAGCGGUCAAAGGCGGAAAAACUGAAUGUUGUGGCUUUAAAACAAAUUGAUAAGGAUGCCUUGAUGCUGUGUUAUGAAAACCGUUGCGUUGUUGUUAAUCAGGAAGGUUUUGUGAAGUUUUCAAGGCUUUCUCCCGCCUUGUUCAAAUUUAACUUCCAAGUAAAACAUCUCGUCUCUCUUUCUGACUCGAUCCUUGCGUUCCAUUCUCAUGGAGUUCAGGGACGAGCUUUCGUUGAUGACACUGUUACCCAAGAUCUGUACGAUCCAAAUAAUAUUUAUCAGGUGGUUGGAAGUGAUAAGCUUGUAGUCUUGAUGAAGCGAUGCGCUACCUCUCCAGUAGUCAUUUGCGACUUAUGCCUCUUAACCGGGCAUGAAAAAUCGUAA